GGGUGGAGGGCAGAGGAAACCAUAAGCCACCUGAGUUGAGAUCGCUGCCGAAGCCAUGGAGCUCUGCUUUGAGGCCGUUGAGCUGUUGGGCCUUGAUGAGGCUGCGUGUCGCAGCGUCCUUGAAGACUUGGCCAAGAACCUCAGACCAGUGCCUCCACUGGAGUUCAAAUCCUUCUCGGAUUGCAGCUAUUUGACAUGCAAGGCCCUUGGCCUUCAGAUUCGACUCACCACCGGCAAAGCAGACGUGGUGUUUCUCUACAACGAGAGUGUCGAGGGCUUCAGCCGAUUCGAAGGGACCUUGCCAGAGGUGCGGAACCGAUAAAUCAGCGAUGAUGAUUUUUCAUCGGGCCUAUCAACAGUUUCACUCGGAGGGUAGCAGGAGAAUUUGGUGGUCAUUUGGUAUGCUAGCUGCUAGAGUUGCGUUUCCAAAAUCAAUUAAGCCUGAGCCGCUUUCCAGCGUCCCAGCCCAGUAGCUUCUUAACCUCCUAGUAGCUAGCGCACUAGCCUCUCCUCACAACCCCCAUCCCUCAAACAAUGGUUUCAAUGUGAUGUUUCUUUCAAUUGACAACUUCCUGUCCAAAGAACUAUUACACAUGAAAGCUGUUCUUUAUAUAUGUUUUCGCUCUGCCCGGUUUAUUCGUUCAAUUCAAAUCCGUUCAGUCUUCGCCGGGCGAACAAGGGACUUCAAUGGUCUCACCACAGCAAAGACGUGAUUUUGAUGUUGGGCGAACCGUCUGACAAAUAUGGCGGUGGACGAUUCCGCGCUGUGGGAAUUAGCUACGAGACGUUGGGCGUGGACAUACAGUUCAAGGAGAGCAGUUGGGAGGACCAGAAGAAUCCCAUUGCAUUCAUUUCGGUUUUCCAUCGCCUGGACCCCUCACAUGGCCUGUGCGAGCUAUGCGGGAAACGCGCAUCAUUCAGAUGCGGCCUGUGUAAGACAAAGCGCUAUUGCAGCUCCGAUUGCCAAAAAAGAGACUGGCGGAAGCACCAGCUUGAGUGCUCGGGGUACCAGGCAUCGCUGAAGUGCGACGACUUGUUGCCACGCUGCCAGCAAGCCUCACAGAAGCUGACGGCAGGUUUGGUGACUGUAGCCCUGGACACGAUGGAUUGAUGGGUGAUUGUUCAGUGGCAAAAAAGGAAAGGUGGGCAAGAGAACAAAGCUG